AUGUCUAAGUACAUGAAAACAUUUGAUGGAUGUAAGAAUGCUUCUCGUGGCAUGCUUUACUGCGUUUUCAUAUCUUUUGUGGCCGUCCCCGUCUUCGCCGAUAAAUGGACAAGGUGCAACAUAGGAUAUUUCUUAGAAGAUUGGGUGGAAUUCUUUGACAGAGCAAUUGAAAGACGGUGCAAAUUGCGAGGGAAAAACUUGACAAUGGAGUACCACUGUUACCAAGAAUAUGACGCCUAUAAAUACACAAAAGGCGUCAAUGCUAAAGCUGGGAUUGAGCAAAAUAUGUUCGCUGCUCUUAUCAGGACAACAUGGAGCGGUAGAAAGCUAGCUAAGUUGGCAAUCAGACACUGGGUUAACAAAUUUGGACUUUGCACGAGUGAGGUGAAAUGUGUGCUGAAAUUGAUUAAUCCGAUUAGGCCAAAAGAGAGAAGACAUGUAGAAAGUCUUUAG